CAGGAUUUCCUGUCAUGUCGCUAGAAAACAUCUCCGCGGUGCGAAAGCUGAACUUGACGAGCUAACCGAGGAGAACGUGACAGCUACAGGCGCGUUGGAUGACCCACUGCUUUGUCGAGGUUGUAUUAAUGUGCGUUUUCUUGCUGAGUCGACAGGUAAAUAAUCUGUACCGGAGAUACGCUGACAGCGCGUGGCGCCGUGACGUUAACGUUAACAGAACGUGACGUGCUCCGCUGGAAUGUUGUGAAUAACGUGUUUUCCUGUGAAGGCAACGGUUAACUGUUUAAAAGAGAAGGUGAAGGCCACCUGAGUUUAUAUCAGCUUGUUCAUGGCAAGCCAAGCCUGGCUGGAGUCGUCUCUGCGGCGCUCUGCCAGCCUGGGCCUGGAGGUGCUGGAGCGGGCCUCCAGGCGGAGUGUCGACUGGACAAGCACUGGAACGUCCCAGACCCCGACUACUACAGAUGAAGAUGCACAGAUCCCUGUCGAGAGAGCUCACACAGAGCUUGAUGAUGUCUUCGCAACCAUCGCGGACUUCAUGGCACAGACGACCCAUCAGUGCAAGAAGUUUUAUGAGUCUGGCUGUUGCACUGAGCCCACUGACACUGAGAGGAGCCACGUGUCCAGGUUCCACACACGAUCAGCUGCUGAGAUGACAACGCCCUUGCAUGCAGAGGCUCCAUCCAACAAGGGUGGAGUGUCGCUAGCGGCUGAAGAUUUCUUCAUCGAGGUUUCACCGGGGACGUACGCUGUCACUGCCAGCAUGCCGGAUUCACAGAAGCAGACUCAGCUGGUCAGCGUCAAAGCCGGAGAGAGCAUCAACCUCACCUUUAAUCUCUGACCCCUCGCCUGACCGAACCAGCCACCCUGAACCUUCAACAACUAAACUUACCAAUGCUCUUUAUGCUGUUUGUGUGUUUAUUGACUGUUUUUACUCUGAUUUCUGCACCAAGAGUUUACAUUUUAUUUAGCUAUCAAAGAAUAUUAUUUGCUGCAUAUUGAAAAGCCAUAUUUGUAUUGCAUUUUACUGGAGUGUUUUAUUAUGGAGAUUGUGUAUGAGGUAUUUUUACCUGCACUAAUACCGCAUCAGUGUAUUGAAAUAAAGUAUUUUUAUCAUC